CAAAAGAAACUGUGGGAGGAAAGCUUUCCGUUUGAGCAAGUACUCGUACCCUUCGAACCACCACGUUCAAAGACAUAUYGUUCACCACCACUUCGUUCAUUAACAACAUACUAGCUCAUACCGAUUCAAGUCCCAAUCGGUCGCAUCUGCAUUCCUCGUUAGAAGCACUUUUACUUUUUAUCACCUAAAAGUAUUUMUUUUCAUCCAACGAUAUUUAUUGACCACRAAAAAACAAAAACACGGCCGGUGACAAUGCGAUAGAGAGAAGGAACUGAGUGCAAUCGGUCGGAAAACACAUAGAAACCUCGGAACAAUAAACAAUUUUUCSGGGAGGAAAAAUCGUGAAGUGAAAGAUGAUUCAACAUGUCUUGUUCUAUCCUUUUCGGGUUUUGUUUUCUCCAUAUUUCAGCGACGACCAGCUGACGUCGUUUCUUACCGGAGCUUUCACGGUAGGUCUAUUGUGGCUUUUAGACGGACUAUAUCACACAGUCCCCGACCACUUCACGAAAGAUAGAACAAGGAGCGACGGCAGUAUAGAUGAUGACGACGACGACGACGACGACGAUCUUACUUUCAUCGACCCAUGGAAUGAUCCGUUGGCCUACGUCUCCACGCAGCAGCGACGAAUGAUGAGAACGUCAAUAUCUACCAUGGUAGAUAUCCAAAAGAACAUUGGAGAGCUUCCGAAGCGUCUGAAGAGAGAGCAUUGGCCUUGGGAAACAAUCCGGCGGAAGGUGAUGGGAGAAGAAAGCGACAGAGACGAAGGAAAAACCGAAGAAGAGAGAGAUUCCCAAACAACAGAAAACCAAGGCGAGGAAAAAAGAAUGAAAAAUUUGAUGUCUGGUGAAUCUGAGGAAGAAGCUAGUUACCAGGAAAACAAAAAAGAAGAAAAACCGCUUUGUAUUGGCAGCAUUUUUGGAUUGGACGUCGGCGGAACGCUAGCAAAACUCGUAUAYUUUGAGAAAAAGGCGCUCGAUGUGGAUCCUCUUUACACCAGGAGCCUCAGAGAAAAGCAUUAUGCGAAGGCACUUUCUGCGCAGACAGUUCUCAUGGCUCGGAUGGAUGACAAUACYGAUGGCCGUGCGAAGCGAUCGGCAUCCAUGUCACCGAUGAGAAAGAUUCCAGCGCCUCUGGGAAAUCGAUUCAGGAGCAGCACCGCCGAGGAAUACGAAUUCAAGGAAGAAGAUAGCUUUGAAAAAAGGAUGCUGAUACCGCCUAGCAACGAGAUACCGGGUGUCAUGCGUCGAAGCCAGACUAUGACGGGACAUAUAGCACAUCCGGUGAAAAUCAAGGAGAGCCAAAACUACCCCACCAAAAUAGAAAGUUCUCUGUUCGUUGAAGAAGACGGAGAAGAAACGAAUAUAAUGCCGGAGCAUGCAACUAAAGAAAGAAGUUCCACAAACGAUUUGCAAAGCCUUUAUGCGAUUCGACAAGAAUCUCUUCCCGACGACGUUCGACAAUUUCGGCAUGUGGUAGACGAUAGCGACGACGAAAACGACWGUGUAUUCAAACAAACGACAUCCUUAGAAUCUUCUAGUAGUGGCCUCCCGCCAUCAUUGAAUCUGAAAAAAAGAUCUCUGUCCAUGCUCGACAUGACGACGGCGCACGACCAAGAAAAGGUCGAAGCUCUCAAUCGGUUUUAUGACUUUGCUCGCAGGCUCGACACAAACGAAGAUUCUAUCAGCGACAUCCAGCUAAGUUUUUAUUGCCGGGAACUAGGAGGAGAAUUCCACUUCAUAUCCUUCGAAACACGCAAGAUGAAAAACGCCAUGGAUCUGAUUCGAUUCAACAAGCUGCACAUGAACAUUCGCAACAUGGGGUAAGUAGCACUGAAGUUUUGGUGUUUUUUGUUCUUGUUCGUGUGUCACGGUUCUCGUGUGCCAUGCUGGAGAUCUCCGACCGAAACCGACUGAUGCUUAUUACCUCCAAUGUUUCCGACGCAGCGCCACCGGCGGAGGAGCCCAUAAAUUUGCWGACAAAUGGGAAAGAGAMCUGGCGAUUGGAAUGAUCAAACAAGACGAACUGGACAGCUUGGUAGCGGGGAUGCAAUUUGUAUUAUCCACGGUGGUCGGGGAGUGUUACACAUUUCGACCGAAACAAAAUCGAACGGCGGAAACAACGGGCGAUGGGAAAAACGAAACCGCCGAUGGCGGCAAAAACCCAAAGCUGGAGUGGUGGACGCGGAAAGUGCAGAGAGAUACCAUAUCCUACUCGUCUGCCUAUCCGUACAUGCUGGUUACCAUCGGCACGGGUGUUUCGGUGUUGCGGGUGGACGGUCCAAGGAAACACGAACGUGUUUCCGGAUCGACCAUCGGGGGAGGAACCUUCUGGGGCCUCAUGCGGCUGUUGACGGACGUCGAAAACUUCGAGGAUGCCAUGAAACUCGCCGAAAAGGGCGAUCCAACCAAGGUAGACAUGAUGGUGGGCGAUAUCUACGGAGAGGACAGCGACGCCCUGGAGAAACUGGGCCUUACCGCGGACAUUGUUGCCUCGUCCUUUGGCAAACUGGUCUCCAAGGAAGACCCCGCAAAGGGGCUGACCCAGGAAGACCUGGCCCGGGCUCUGUUGUCGCUGGUCACCAACAACAUUGGUCAGGUUGCCUAUCUGAACGCGAAGCUCCACAAGACGCCCCGGAUCUAUUUUGUGGGGAGCUUUUUGCGGCAYAACAUGAUUUCCCAGCGACGUCUUUCGUACGCCAUUGAUUACUGGAGCAAGGGGGAAAUGGAGGCGCUCUUUCUCGAGCACGAGGGAUACUUUGGAGCCCUGGGAGCCUUUCUCAUGACGCAAAACAUCGAAAAGAAAAGCGGAGGGUUCUUUCAGUGGGAGAACAAUCCCUAAAGCACCACCAAUAGAGUCGUGCCGUACAACUGCGGCAGGCAAAACCGACGCCCUGAAAKCUGUCACGAAGAAAGUUUGCGGUGCAGACCCUCGAUCGUACAGCACACUACCGCGAUUCCAAUCGCAGCGAAAGAAUUGGGAACAGAGAACACACGGUCACUUCAAAGAAUCGUGAAGUUCUUGGGUUUGAAACAAAGGCAUCUACUAUUCAUUAUUCAUACUUCUAGAAGAGUAGCGUUGAUGUACUAAAAUUUWCUAGGUGCC